AUGUCACUCUUCGGAUCUUCCCCAACCCACAGCGACCGCGAGCCGACGACGCCGCAACGCCAGACGGGAGGCCCAGGAGACGAGUUGUUUGGCAAGCCGGCGCCGCAAGAGACGUCGUCCAACGACCUCUUUGGCGAGGGCGGUAGCGGGCGCGACGACGAACCCUCCCCUUGGGACCUGCCGACUCCACGCAAGCAGCAGAAGCGCGCCGACAUGAUACGCAACUUGCUCCCGCCUUCCGACGUGCCCGACAGCUACAUCGAGACCUUUGACACCGUCGUGCGCGAGGAUGGGAGCUCCGGACACGUCACGGCCGGCGGCGUCGCCAAGCUGCUGGCCAUGGCGCGCCUUGGGGCCGAAGCCCAGGCGCGCAUCAUGUCCCUCUUGACCCAGGAUGACGACGGCUCGUCCGUGUCGCUGGGGCGCAGCGAGUUCAAUGUUCUCUUGGCCUUGAUUGGACUGGCGCAGGAGGGCGAUGUCAUCAGCCUCGACGGCGUCGACGAGAGACGCAAAGACCUGCCGCAGCCCAAGCUCCCCGGCCUCACCGCCGAACCCAUACUGCCGCCAGUCGCCGAGCUCGCCGCGAAGCCGGCUCAGAUGCCAACCAAACCCCAGUUGCCACCGCCGAUGGACGAGUCACAGCCCGCAAUCCUGCGGCCGACCAUGGACGACCCCAUGGACGACCCCUGGAACACUCCCGAGCUUCACAAAGGCCACGACCACCUCAAGGCCAACGGCAGCGGCCGUCAUGACGUGACCAACGGCCACGAAACGACGAGCUCGACCGAGGCCGCCCGCUCGAGCACCAACUCGGCCUCGGCGCAAGGCGGAUGGGGGGGGUUCUACCAAGCCAGCAAUUCCCCUGCCGCAGGCGGCUUCAACGCCAGUCCCCAGAACGUCGCUGCUGCCGUGCCUUUUGGCGGAGAUAGCAACGCAGGUCGAGCCCCCGGUAUCGAUCCUCCUGCUGCCACGACCAGGAACAUCGGCGGCCGCACCGGGAGCAACUUGGAGGAGAACAUCCUCGUCACGCUGAUGCCAGAAAAAGAGGGCAUGUUCCUGUUCCAACACCACAACUACGAGGUCGCCAGCCAGCGCCGGGGAAGCAAGGUGAUUCGCCGAUACAGUGACUUUGUCUGGCUGCUGGACUGUCUGCAGAAGCGGUAUCCCUUCAGAGUCCUGCCUCUCUUGCCGCCCAAGCGAGUCGCCGUCAACGGAAACCACUUGUCCAAUGACGGUGCUUUCAUCGAGAAGCGUAGGCGAGGCCUGGCUAGGUUCCUGAAUGCGCUCGUGAGGCAUCCCGUUUUGAGCCAAGAGCAGCUCGUGGUCAUGUUCUUGACGGUUCCGACGGAGCUCGCUGUUUGGCGCAAGCAGGCGACCAUCUCCGUCCAGGACGAGUUUGCCGACAAAGCCCUGCCGCCUGGCUUGGAGGACUCGCUGCCCGCGACGCUCGAGGAGCUCUUCUCCCGCACCCGCUCCGGCGUGCGCAGAUCGGCGGAGCUCUAUAUCAACAUCUGCAACAUCCUGGAUCGCCUGGUGAAGCGCACUGAAGGCGUGGCCGCCGACCACGCCCGCGUUGCCAUGAUGCUCGGCUCUCUAACCGAGACGUCGUCGGACACGUACGCGACCGAUACAAACGAGGUUCCGCUCCUCAACGACGGGCUCCUGGCCAUGAGCAAACACCUGCGAACCUGCCAGACUCUGUUGGAAGACGAGAGCCGUGGCUGGGACGAGGGCGUCCUGGAGGACCUCAAGCGUCAGCGAGACGCGCUCGUCAGCGUGCGCGACAUGUUUGACAGGCGAGAGAGACUGGACAAGGACAAUAUUCCUUACCUGGAAAGGAGGAUACAGACCAACGAGACGAAGCUGACGGGUCUGCGCUCGAAGCCAGAGGGGGCGGUCAAGGCCGGAGAGAUUGAGAGAGUGGCCGAGUCUAUCAUCAAGGACAAGGAAUCGAUUGUCCGACAGCACAACCAGUCCGUCUUUGUCAAGGAGUGCCUCCGCGACGAGCUCGUGACGUUCCAGUCCACGCAGUACCACAUCAGCAGGUGGAACCAGGACUGGGCAGGCGAACGUGUCAAGUAUGCCGAGAUGCUGGCCGACAACUGGCGACGCCUGCUGGAUGAGUUGGAGGGCAUGCCGCUUGGAGACUGA